UCGAGUGUGGUUGCAGUGCAGUUCUUAACAAUUUAUUUAAUAUAAAGUGUAAUUUAGUUGCAUACCAAUACCAAUUCUAAAACUUUUUUUGCUCUGUGUUAAGUAAAACGCAAGUGCUUAACAUACUGUCGGCGUUCUUUGCGCGUUAAUAAUUGCUCUACAACCAACAUGCGCUCAGUAUUAGCUCUCUUGGCCCUGGUGGCUGUGGCACAGGCUGUUUCGUUUGCCGAUGUCGUCAAGGAGGAAUGGCACUCCUUCAAGCUGGAGCAUCGCAAGCACUAUCAAGAUGAUACUGAGGAGCGUUUCCGUCUGAAAAUUUUCAAUGAGAACAAACACAAGAUUGCCAAGCAUAAUCAACGUUGGGCAGCCGGCGAAGUUAGCUACAAAAUGGCCGUGAACAAGUACGCGGAUAUGUUGCAUCAUGAGUUCCGUCAGGUUAUGAACGGUUUCAACUAUACUUUGCACAAACAAUUGCGUACCACCGACAGUAGUUUCAUGGGCUUUACUUUCAUCUCGCCGGAGCAUGUUACAUUGCCAAAGGCUGUCGAUUGGCGCAACAAGGGUGCUGUUACAGAAGUCAAGGAUCAGGGACAUUGCGGUUCUUGCUGGGCCUUUUCGAGCACUGGUGCACUGGAGGGCCAACAUUUCCGUAAGAGCGGUACACUGGUCUCGUUGUCAGAACAGAAUUUAGUUGACUGUUCCACCAAGUAUGGCAACAAUGGCUGCAAUGGUGGCUUGAUGGACAAUGCCUUCCGUUAUAUUAAGGAUAAUGGCGGUGUCGAUACGGAGAAGUCAUAUCCCUAUGAAGCCAUUGAUGAUUCGUGCCACUUCAACAAGGCUACCGUUGGUGCAACUGAUCGCGGCUUCACUGAUAUUCCCCAAGGUAACGAGAAGAAAUUGGCCGAGGCAGUGGCUACUAUUGGACCAGUUUCGGUUGCUAUUGAUGCUUCGCACGAAUCGUUCCAAUUCUACUCCGAGGGUGUGUACAAUGAACCGCAAUGCGAUCCCCAGAACUUGGAUCAUGGUGUGUUGGUUGUCGGCUAUGGCACUGAUUCAGAUGGUCAGGACUACUGGUUGGUUAAGAACUCUUGGGGCACCACCUGGGGUGAUAAGGGCUUCAUCAGGAUGUCGCGCAAUCAGGAGAACCAAUGUGGCAUUGCCACGGCGGCUAGCUACCCAGUGGUUUAAGCCAAAUCAUAUGAUUUAUAUUACACUCGUGCAUACGCCCCCUAAAAACCAUAAAUAUGUAAGAAUGUAUUCCAACGCAGGCAUCUCAAAAUGUAAUUUUAAUAAUUAAGUGCGCAUUAUCUGCCAUCAACAAAUGUAUCCAAUAACUUCAA